CAUCAAUACGUGUCAUCACACGCGUCUCUAACUUUCUUCCCCUUACGCUUCUCCCUCCCCUCCCUUUCCAAAACUCCGUUUUGUUUUCUUCAUAAACGCAUCCUACCCCUCUCUCUCAGAGGAUACUUUCAGCACUCCGGUUUUUCGCACAGAAACAAGAAACUCUCUUUUAACAAUUCCCAGAAAUAGCGGUUAAAGCGGUGGUGUGGUUGAUUAUGAAAAUGGUGGGAGAAGCAAAACUGAGGAGUGAGGACUUGAACCAGUGCUUUGAGAGGUUGAUGACGGUUGGUAGUGGAAAUAGUGGGAUUGAUAGUGGUAUUAGUCAGGGAGGAGUUAAAAUGGAAGGAAUUGUUAUCACUGAGUGGAAAGAUAUUCCUAUGGAACUUUUGCUGCGGAUAGUUUCUCUUGUUGAUGAUCGGACCAUAAUUAUGGCAUCUGGGGUUUGUAGUGGUUGGAGGGAUGCUAUCUGCUUGGGCCUCACCCAUCUCUGUCUCUCUUGGUGCAAAAACAACAUGAACAACUUGGUUCUGUCACUGGCUCCUAAAUUCACAAAACUGGAAACUCUGGUCCUGCGCCAAGACAAACCACAACUUGAGGAUAAUUCUGUCGAGGCUAUUGCAAGUUACUGCCAUGAUCUUCAGGACCUGGACCUAAGCAAAAGCUUUAAGCUUAGUGAUCGUUCUCUCUAUGCAUUAGCUCAUGGUUGUCCUAACCUGACCAAACUGAACAUUAGCGGUUGUACGUCAUUUAGUGAUGCUGCUCUUGAAUAUCUGACUGGAUUUUGCCAAAAAUUAAAAAUUUUGAAUCUUUGUGGAUGUGUAAAGGCUGCAACUGACCGUGCUUUGCAGGCCAUUGGGCGAAACUGCAGCCAAUUGCAAUCUCUGAAUCUAGGAUGGUGUGAGAAUGUGGGUGAUGUUGGAGUAAUGAGUCUAGCAUAUGGAUGCCCUGAUCUCAGAACUCUUGAUUUGUGCGGUUGUGUCUGUAUAACAGAUGAUAGCGUGAUUGCUUUGGCAUACAGAUGUCUCCAUCUGAGAUCACUCGGCCUGUACUACUGUCGAAACAUAACAGAUAGAGCAAUGUAUUCUUUGGUUCAUAGCCGAAUGAAGAACAAACCUGCAAUGUGGAAAUCAAUGAAGGAGAGGUGUGAUGAAGAAGGGUUAAAGAGCCUCAACAUCAGUCAGUGCACAGCACUCACUCCUCCAGCUGUGCAGGCACUAUGCGACUCAUUUCCUGCACUUCACACCUGCUCAGGGAGGCAUUCCCUCGUCAUGAGUGGCUGUUUGAACUUGACAUCUGUGCAUUGUGCCUGUGCAGUCCAGGCACACCGCACAUUGAGUUAUAUUCCCAAUCAUGCUCAUUAAGCAGCGCAAUGAGCAUGAAAUUUUGAGUUCAUUUGGAAGCUCACUGAAAGGAGUAUGCCUCUGUACAUAAAUGCUUGUGUUAAUAACCGGACUGUUUUGGCUGGAAACGAGCAGCCAGCUCUUUUGUUGUUGGAAUCACUGUGUGUAUAGUUGUAGACUUCUUGUGCUGGCUCUUGCUUUCUAAAUUAUGCAGCAUUUCGGCUAAUUUGAAAGCAUUUGAAAGCCAAGUUAGUUGUUCAAUGUAAUGGGAUCGGAAGGGAACGGCUUGAUGCCAGAAAAAGGGAGAAAACUGAACUUUUCUUUUAUGUAAUGGUAGCAAAAAUUCAUCAUUUGCUUUUGGGCUAUACCAAAAAGAUCUCCACACCAACCAAAUUGAACAUAAAAAUAUCAGUUUAUAAUGACAUUUGGUUCA